AUGUUAUCUCGUCAAUCAAGAAUCCAUCAUCAUCAUUCAAAGCUCAUUCAAACAACAUUCUCUAGAUCUUUUCAUUCUUCACAUCAUCCAAAUGAACAAAAACCAACUAAUCCUCAAAUCAAUCAACCUGUCAAUCAACCUUCCUUAAAUCCUACUUCAAAUCAAAAGCCAGUUCAAUCAUCAGGACAUCAAUCUUCUCGAGAACCGAUCAAUAAAUUCACUCCACCAAAUCGUCCUCAUACUCAUCCCGUAUCAUCACCUCCCUUCGCAAACCAACAAAACCAAAGAGGAGGGUAUCCGAACCAACCCUUCCCCAACACUUUACGUGAUUCGAGAUACCCUUUUCCCAAUCAAGUCACACCACAAGCUUAUCAAAACCGUCAAGCUCCCUUUCCAAGGCAAGGAGCUCAAUGGCAACCACCACCGAGACCGAUCCAACCAUCUCAUGGGUCCAAUCCAGCUUUUCAAAACUUUCAAGGACCUUACCAUCCUCAAAGAAAUCCAUCCAAUGUUUCUCAACAGGGUCACUUCAAUCCAUCUCAAAACUAUAGACAUGAUCCGAAUAUGAUGUAUAAUCAAUCACAGCCUCAACGUCCUCCGUUCCCAGGUCAGUGGAGAGGACCACCUAAUCCACAGAUAAGAUCCAUGAACCCAGCGGGAUUUCAAGCUAGAGCUCCAGGACCCGAUCCAGAAAUCGGAUCUCCCCAAUCUUCCUCAAAUGUUCUUUCAGCUCGGAGAAAAUCGGGCCCAGGAACUAAUCAGGCUUAUAGCUUAGAUUUGAAUGAUGUAUCAGGAUUACAUACGAUUGAUCGAUUUGUGGGAAAUAAACCGAACCAAUCAACCCCCUUAACAAACUCAGCUGUUGAUCAGAGUACAGGAUCAAGACCAGCUCAUCCAAACCAAUGGAAUCCAUCACAAUACCCACCACCUCCUCAUCAUUACUUCCAACAACCGAAUUCAUCAUAUGGAACUCCAGGAUAUCGAGGAGGACAUCCAUCCUCCGCUCCAUCGGCAUUCGCUCAACCCCCACCAACUUAUCGACCACCGAUGCGUGAAGGAUCCGGAUUCCAAGCUGUACGAGGUGGUGGUAUGUCGGCCAACAGACAGGGAGGAAGAGGGGGAGGAGGAGGAGGGAUUGGAAGAGGAAGAGGAAGAGGAAACGGACCUGGAAUGUUAAGAGGAAGAGGAAGAGGAAGUUUGUUUAAUAAGAAUGAUGAACCUAGUUUACCACCUCCACCUCAUUCAAUCUUAAAUUCAGAAGGCAAAUUUGGAGAAGAUUUGAAUCCGUCUGGAUGUCCGUAUGGAGAAGUGAAAUUAAGUUCGGAUAAGUUGAUGAUCGAAUCUGUUGGCUCGAAACCUAAAAAAAAUAGUGAAGUUCAACUUGAUUUGAGGAACAUGACGACCCAUCAAACCGUCCUGAACGAAUUACUUAACUCUUCAGUUCCGAUUCGAUUACCAGGAUUUGAGAACCCAAUUCGAAUCACUCCUUUGAAAGAUGAAGCGAUCAAAGCUCAUUAUUCGAUGGAAAGCCUUACAGGUGGUGGUGUGAGUGAUCAGAUCAAACGAGAUGAAGUGGUGGGAAGAGCUAGGAAAUUGGUUAGUCAGAAUGGCUCUAUGGCUCUUGAGAAGAAGAAACAGGCGGUUGGGGUGGUGGAGUUUUUGUUGAUGUCUAGUAAGGAACGGGUUCAGAGGGUUGUUUGAAGUUGAGAUCUUCUGGUAAAUCGGUUUUCUAUUUGCUUGUGUGUUUUUUUGUGAGGGGUGGGUUUGGUGGUGGUGGUGUUGGAUUUUAUAAGAUCAUGUGCAAAAAUUGGUAUCAAUAGAUAUCUAUAGAAAAUUACUUCAAUGACAUUCUAGUUUAUGUCU